AUGUCUCUCGAAAGUCCAACGAUACAAUCUUCAGCAGAGGUGUGGUAUCUCAAAGAAAUACAUUUCGGAACGGAGUCAUCGAGACGGCCCAUAAAGAUUAUCACACAGAAUUUCAAUGGGCCAUGUUCGUUCAUUGCUAUAUGCAACAUCCUGAUCCUACGUGGUCACAUUACCAUUGAGCCCCCAGGUCGGCAAACUGUCUCUUAUGAGCACCUCUGCCAGCUCGUAGGCGAGUACCUCUUGCUUAAUUGCCCGGACGUCGACAUUUCAGAGGCCCUAUUCAUCAUGCCCUAUACCCAAAAGGGCAUGGACCUGAAUCCGCUGUUUACGGUUCCGACGUCAUUCCGGGCAGGUGCUGGUGAGUUGAAGCUAUUUGAGCAAGUCGGCAUCGAUCUUGUACAUGGGUGGCUCGUCGACCCGGAAAGCCCUGAAGCGGAAGUGCUGACGAGAACGGGUGGCGAUUAUGAUAGUGCGGUAAUGCUCAUUGCAGACGCGGACCAUACUACAAAAGGGCAGCUCGUCGUUGGAGAUAGCGAAGAGCCGCAAGCAGGGCCAUCAAGUAGCGUGAUGCUUAAUGAAGAAGAUAGGCAGAAGAUUGAAGACGCCAUUGUUGUUCGGAGAUUUCUCGACAACACACGCUCUCAGCUGACCUACCACGGUCUAUUUACCCUCGCUAGUAUUGUGCGACCUGGUACACUUGUCGCCCUCUACCGGAAUCUGCACCUGUCUGUCUUGUACAAACAUGAACAGGCCCUAUAUUCUCUCGUGACGGACUACGUGUUCCUGAAGGAGCCCUCGGUGGUGUGGGAGCGUCUGGAAGAUGUCGACGGAGGCUCUUCGACGUUUGUCGAUUCAGAUUUCGUGCGGGCGAGUCCAGUUGGAGGUGAUUUUGCAGGGCAGACGGCUGAGGACGUAGUCAAGGCAAACAGCUAUGAAACGUCAGAUCUGGCGCUUGCACAGCAGCUGCAAGCUGAAGAACAGAACCGGGCUCGGUGCGAACGGGAGUUUUACGAGCGGGAUUUGGCAAUGCGUCAGGCUGAGGUGAGACAAAGGAAGGAGAAGCGGAAGGGAAAAAAGGAUUGUGUUAUCAUGUAG